UGUUGCUGCUGGGGGACCGUUGUGUUGUGAAAAUGGCGACGCCUCGUCGCUGCUCCCAGCAGCAGCAGCAGCAGCAGCAGUCGUGCUCCCUGCUGUCCUCGCCUCCCCGCAGUGCUUCUACCCUCCUCAGCCCGCCGGGCUCUCCGUCUGCACCUGCCGAAGAUGCGGCCGGCAGGCCUCCCCUUGGAGCGGGGAACGUGGCUGACGGUGAGGUAGCUCCGACCUCUCCCAGCAUCUCCUCCCCGGCUGUGGCCCUCUCUCCCAGCAGCAGCGCUACUAGCUCCCCGACCACCACCGAGGGAGGCGACAGUAGCCCCGGCUCUACGCCGGACUCUGGCGGCGGUAACCCCGGCAGCAGCAGCAGCAGCAGCGCUGUUAGCGGCGAUGCAAACGGCGCUUUUAGAGAGCUGUUUGAAGCCUGUCGGAACGGAGAUGUUUCCAGAGUAAAGAAGCUGGUGGAUGCAGUGAAUGUGAACGCUAAAGACAUGGCUGGACGCAAAUCUACACCCCUGCAUUUCGCUGCAGGUUUUGGUCGAAAAGAUGUGGUGGACCACCUGCUUCAGACUGGUGCAAGCGUGCACGCUCGAGAUGACGGGGGGCUCAUCCCGCUGCACAACGCCUGCUCGUUUGGUCAUUCUGAGGUGGUGUCCUUGCUCCUGUGUCAAGGCGCUGACCCCAACGCAAGAGACAACUGGAACUACACGCCGCUACACGAAGCUGCCAUCAAGGGCAAGAUCGACGUCUGCAUAGUGUUGCUGCAGCAUGGAGCUGACCCCAACAUCCGCAACACCGAUGGCAAGUCUGCCCUGGACCUGGCUGAACCGUCAGCGAAGGCCGUGCUCACAGGUGAAUACAAGAAGGAUGAGCUGCUGGAGGCUGCAAGGAGUGGAAACGAGGAGAAGCUAAUGGCCCUGCUUACGGCGCUCAACGUCAACUGUCACGCGAGUGAUGGGCGCAAGGUAAGAGCCAAGGAGCAUGCACAGAGAGACUAUGAAGCUUAUAACAAGCUCAUCUCUGUCGUCUGUGUGACCGCAUAUUUCCCGACGGUCAUUAGGGUUCCCAUACACGUUAACACCCCCUUUAUUUUUAUUUUUUGUUGUUAGAAAAGUUAGAAAAGA